CUUCAGGCCAGAGCAGCACAGAGAGCAAAGAGACGCUCGAAAUACAGAAAACACAAACAAUACCAGCAGUGAAUGUGGAAGAGCUGGAGGCCGGACUUUGUGUGGACUUCGGAUGGAUCUGCGGGGGGUGGAGAAAGGUCGACAGUCAGGCCUGUUCCUUGGAGGCUCCUCGGCUCCUGCUGGCCUCCUCUAUGGCCGUCUGGCUGCCAAAUGCUGGAAAUGAGCCUUUGUGUUUCUUGUUUCUUCAUUUAAAUAAUUUAUUGUAGCUUUUAACAAAGUGUGCUUGUAGCUUUUUCACGAUUUACACCACAGUUUUAUCAGGAAACAGUCUGUUUGUUGCUGCUGUAGCGUUCUGCACCACAAGGGUAAACAUACAUAUCCUUGUAAUGGAUCCUGACAGAGAAGAAGCUGAAGUAUUUUCGGACCCUGAGGACCCAUUUGCUCUAACAGCAGAGGAUAAGGAACAGGAGGAGGAUGAGGUGGAAGAGGAUGAUGAUGAGGAAGAUGCCAGGAUCUUCAACGCUUGGAUGCAGCGGUACCGGGGAGGGGAACAGCAGAGUAAAGUAGGAGAGGAAGAAGAUGAAGAUGACGAGUCAGAGGGAGGAAGAGUUAAAAGCAGAAGCAGCCCGGAACCUCCGGCCGCGGUAAAGUUGGGCCGCCGAGCAUCACUGCCAUGUCCGUCCACUCUGUCGGCCAUGCAGCUGUCUCGUCUCCACUCGUCCACUCAGGCUCCGGUGACGGCGAGGGUUUUGUUGCGUCGCUCUUCCUCCCGCCGCCUUCUUCCAUCACCUAUGGAGUCCGCUGUGCCCACCUCAGAGCGCAGGCAAUCUCUUAUAACCACAAUCCCCGAGGUUGUGCCACCUGAGAGGCGGGGACAGUUCAGAAGACGUAACGUCAUGUCGCUGAGCGAUGCUUAUAGUGUGUGUCUGAUCUGUCAUAACGACUUAAAUAACGGCGCUGGCGGCACCAGAGAGCUACAGUGCACACACACCUUCCACAAAGAGUGUAUCGAGGAGUGGUUGUGGAGGAAACAGUGCUGUCCAACAUGUCACGUUCAGGUGUCCAUGCCACAGCCAUCUUACUGGAGCUCCAGCAGGGUCAUAAUCCCCUAACAUCACCAAGAAAAACGUCAAUUAAACUGGACUUUAUUGGAUAACUGCUUUUUUAAAGCCCAGUGAAUUUAUCAUUGUCUUUCAGGAUAUUAUCAGAAGAGGAGCGUGACUUUUGACGCAAAACGUUAUUCAAUAGAUUAAAAGACAAAAAGAUUAGCACUCAAUAUUUAUAUAAGGAAACAUCCUCUGUCUUUUAUUUGUCUCCAUUUUGAACCACACUGGUUUCAGCAACCAGGUUAUCCUGAGAAUAAGGGAGUGUAUUCCCUGUUUUAACACCCAUAUCGUCUCAGUGUGACACAAAUAAGUCAUAGUGGAUUAGAAACAUAUAGUAAAGGACCAACGCUGAAGCUGGAGAACAACCAAAAUAACCUCAUGUAUGUUUUUUUUUCUUUUUGUCUUCUUUUUAUGGUAAUUUUAACAGUAUUUUAAUGACUUUAAAAUAAAAUGUAAUUGUGUCCGAGGAGAAAAAUAUGGUGCAGACAUAACAAAUUCCCAGUCUUAGAAAAAGUUUGGGUUUUUUAUUUCUAAAAUGAAUUAUAGUUUCUUCUGCUAGUCUGUUAUGCUCGGUUUUUAUUUGUUUUUUUUUUUCUUGUUCUAUAUUUUAUCAUUUAAUUUGUCUUUUGGUGUGAAUAUUCACUUAUAAUCACUCAGUUAUCUCUGUAAUCAAUUUUAAACGAGC